AUGGAGAUAUGCUUUAUCGAAUUACACCGGCCGCCUCGCUCCAAUUUACUUAAGCGCGCCACGCCGAGAAUUCCGCCCGCUUUUUUCGCCCCAUAUGCACCGCCAUCGGAGCUGAAACUGAUCAUAUCAAACGAGGCUGAUCUGAUCUCGUUUGAUCUGGCGUGCUCUCGAGAGUACGCGGUUUUAGGACGGGCCCGUCGCCUGCACUGGUACAGUCAUGAACUCUCCGGUUUGCCGCGAUUU